AUGGAUACAUAUGUUGAAGAUUUUACAAUGCAGGUGAUCAGUAUUCGUGAUACACUAAGAUCAAGAAAACUAGGAGCCAAAAGUAAAAAGGUGUUUGAUCUAAUGGUCACUACCAAUGGCAAAUCAUUCACUCUAGAAAUCACUCAAAAAAAGUUGAACAAGUUAAUGUCAGAGAUAAAAAAAGAAUUAUAUAAUGUACAAUUACCAAAUAUAACUAUAAAUUCUGGAGCAACCGAUGAAUUGAUAGCAUUGUUUCAUAUGAUAUCAAAUAAUCCAAAGAUGGCAAGAUCAAAUGCAUUGUUAAAGUUUGUAGAGAAACAUGGUAACAAGGCGUUGAGUAAGGCCUUUGUGACGGAAGAGUUUUUAAAGGACUCUAAUUUUAGUGGAGUGUUGUUAAAGUUUAAAAACAAACACAAGGUCACUAAAAAGGAACGUCUUUGCUUUAUCAAAUACAAUAGAAUGCUGUACUAUUACACAAUGUCAAAAGAGGUAAAGGGUUCGAUUUGUUUGGAUGAUUGUGUCGUUCAAAAAGAGUCUACCCCUGGAUCAUUCCUCUUGCAAACACCUACCAGUGGUAAAUAUCUUUUUGUUGCACAAUCUGCUGCAAAUGCUGAUCAAUGGAUGGCAGCUCUCAAAGAUGCAAUCAGUUUCUGUGCAAAAUCAAAGCUUUGUGUAUCUGGUCAACUUUCAUGUACCAUUGUCAAAGGUAGAAGUCUAACUGCCAAAGAUCUAACCGGUACAUCUGAUCCAUUUGCAAUUGCAAAGAUCGAAGGUCAACAAUCAAAAACUCAAACUAUUUAUAAAACUUUAAAUCCAUCUUGGAAUGAAAGUUUUGUUUUUUAUAUAUCAAAGAAUCAAGGAUAUUUUUAUAUAUUGGUAUGGGAUGAAGAUAAAUAUAGUGCAUCUGAUUUUAUUGGAAAGGCAGUGAUUCCAUUGUCAGCACUACCACAAGGACAAGAUUCAUUGUUGUAUUUGCCAAUGACACCAAAGACCUCUAAAAACAGUGUAAAGGGUGAUAUUUGUGUGCGAUUAAAAUACUCUUAUUCAAUGGACAAUCCACCUCAAGGUGCACAAUCACCAAUAUUUGGACAAGCACUUACCACUUUUGAGAACCGUCCAGACAUUAGCAAAGAUAGUGUACCAACAUUUAUCUAUGAAUGUGUAACAUUUUUUGAAAAACAUGGAGCUCGUGAAGAAGGUAUUUUUAGAAUUUGUGGAUCUUCUCUGGAAAUUAAAAGUUUAAAACAACAAAUUGAUAUGGGUCAAACUAUAUCCUAUACCCCAGAUGCUGUUCAUUCAAUAGCAGGUGUUUUUAAAUUAUAUUUUAGAGAAUUACCUGAACCUAUUUUAACUUUUGAUAAAUAUGAAUCAUUUAUGACAUUGGGAUCAUCAAUGAAUAUUAAACAAGCAACAACAUUGGUUAAAUCAUUACCAAAAGGAAAUCAAACAUUACUUUUUAUAUUAUUACCUUUUCUCAAUUUUAUGGGUAAAGCUGAAAAUGGAAAUAUGAUGAAUUAUGCCAACUUGGCCAUCGUUUUUGGUCCAGCUUUUUUAAGACCUCUAGUAGAAACCAAUGACUCUAUUCUCAAAAUCAACAUUGUCAACGAGAUUACAAGAAAAUUAAUUGAAUUAUCACCUCAACUUUUUGUUGUUUAA